AUGUUCUUCCUCUACAACCUCGAGCGGAGGGUUACCCUUCAUCCUUCGUACUUCGGCAAGAACAUGCAGGAGCUGGUCACUACGAAGCUGCUCAAGGAUGUGGAGGGCACAUGCGCUGGCAACUACUACAUCAUUUCCAUCAUGGAUACCUUUGACAUCUCCCCAGGAAAGAUCCUGCCUGGAAAUGGUCUGGCUGAGUUCACGGUUGGCUAUCGCGCCGUAGUCUGGCGUCCUUUCAAGGGCGAGACGGUCGAUGCCGUUGUCUACUCUGUCAAUGCUCAUGGCUUCUUCGCUCAGGCAGGUCCACUACGGCUGUUCGUCUCGUCGCAUAUGAUUCCCGCUCAGGUCAAGUAUGACCCGAACGCGACCCCGCCUCAGUUCACCGAUAAUGAAGAUUAUCGUGUCGAGCCGGGCACUCAUAUUCGAGUCAAGAUUAUGGGUACCCGAAGCGAGGUUGGAGAGAUGUGGGCCAUUGGCACGAUCAAUGAGGAUUACCUUGGACCACUCGGUCCCUAA